CAUGACGGAAACAACAAAAAGGCAAAAAAGACAUAUAGUAGACACUAUAUGUGAGGAGAGAGGAAGAAUUCCAAGAUAUGAUCAGUGAAGCAGAAUUUAAAGUAACAAAUCGGUCUGAGGAAAACCCCAAGGGGGUGUGAUCUCGCACAAACUGACUUGGGAGACAUCUGUAACCUCUGCAAGUUCACAUCUCAUUCAUAUGGAGAAUUUGAACAUGUGCAUUACAAGACUUUGAAACAUGCUCUCGGCUUGCUGUUUCUCUGAAGAUGCAGAGGUGUGAAAGCCAUCAAUCCGAGGUCCAGCGUAGCCCCUCAGUGGACAGUGUAGAGUCAGAGUUUUCCCGGGCGGCCCGCCGGGGUCACCGUCUGGCUGUAGGGGCAUUCUACGGCUCCCGAGGGUCAAAUCUCAAAGAUCAAACAGCACAGAGAGACAUUGCGCUAGUCGCGGUUCCACCGGCAGGGAAACAUCAAGAUAAACGCGUGUCUACCGGAGGGAAGUAUUUAGUGUUUUACCUGGACUUAUCGUUUGUCUUCCUCCUAGAGUUUGAGAAGCUGAAGAUGGCGCGUGGAUGCUUGUGCUGUGUCAAAUACAUGAUGUUCCUCUUCAACCUGCUGUUUUGGUUGUCAGGCUGUGGGUUGUUGGGUGUGGGCAUCUGGCUGUCCGUUUCUCAGGGCAGUUUUGCCACAUUCUCCCCCUCCUUCCCCUCCCUCUCUGCCGCCAAUCUGAUCAUUACCUUGGGCUCUGUCGUCAUGGUAACUGGCUUUCUGGGAUGCCUCGGUGCCAUCAAGGAAAACAAGUGCCUGUUGCUGAGUUUCUUCAUUGUUUUAUUGAUUAUUCUGCUGGCAGAGUUGAUUUUGCUCAUCCUUUUCUUCGUGUACACGGACAAGGUUAGUGAGAAUGCUAAACAGGAUCUAAAAGAAGGCCUGCAGCUCUACAACACAGACAAUAACAUCGGCCUCCACAACGCCUGGAACAUUAUUCAGGCUGAGUGGCAGUGUUGUGGUGUAACCGGGCACACAGACUGGCAUGAUGCCCUACAGGAGAAAACGGUGCCAGACAAAUGCUGCCAGGAGCAUUACAGAGAGUGUGGUCGCAAUGCCACCAACAUUUUCUGGUCACAGGGUUGCUAUGAGAAGGUCGAGGAAUGGCUAAAUGACAACAAACAUUUGCUGGGAACCAUCGCAAUGUGUGUGCUCGUCCUGCAGCUGCUUGGAAUGGCCUUCUCCAUGACCUUAUACCAGCAAAUUCACAGAGCGGGGAAGAAAUAUGAUGCCUAGAGAAAACACCCAGAAUACAUGAACUCCCAGAACACCUUGUGCGUUAUCAAAUUUAAUUACGUAGUGCUGACUGCAGAUAUAUUUCCUCUGCCAACUAUUUUUUAUUUUUAUUUUGGCCUGAAAUCUUAACAGCAACUGUAAGAUGAAAACGAAUGAAGCGUCCGUAUUUGAAAAGAAAUUAUCAAUGUUUGCGCCAGUUGAGCCAAAAUAGUUAUCAUCAAAAACAUUUCUUAUUUCUUAAGUGAUCUUCUAGCAUAUGAACUGUACCAGCAUGCCCACGUCACUCAAGACCAGGAGUUGGUAUGGGAACACAUUGUGUACAAAGGGAUAAGUCAGUAUUUCUCUUUUGGACAUUUAUGUAAACAUAGACGCAGUUCUCUUUUGAUGUAAUAGCAUGCUGUAUAUAUUUCACUUACAUGUAAGCGUACUUUACUGUUACACUCAAACAAUCCAUUAUCCUGUUGACUUCUGUGUUAUUUUCUCAUUUAAAGUAAUAAUUUACCCCAAAAAUGUCAAGUCUGUAAUUAUGUACUCACCCUCAUGUCGUUCCAAACCUCCAUGACUUCUUUUUCUUCCGUUGAACACAAAAUACUUGUGCUAUAUUCCAGUGUGCUAUUAGCUAUUAUUCGAUUCUUGAAUAAAUCAUUCAGACUGAUUUUUUUAGUCCGUUUAUUCAAUGAUUCGUUCAUUAAUCAGACAUUGCUACUUUUCUCAAGAAUGCUUCAAUGAUCUUCAGUGACUUAAAUUUUCAGCGGUGACGUCAUUAUGCUGUUCGCAGAGUAUGUAGCUCACAUGCUCAUGGUAGUUGUAGUCCUUAAUUAUCAUUGUUUUAACAUGCUUUUUUUAAAAACACAGUAACUUUAAAAUAAAUGUUUGUGAUAGUUUUUUUUUUUUUUAAUAAAAAAAUUAAACAUGUUAGAUCAUAUUUUUCUCUAUUAAGACUAGAGAAAUUAUGGCAAAAAUAAAAAAAAUAAUAUGAGAAUAGUUUAAAAAUGUUCUGUAAAAAUCCUUAAAACAAGAUCAAUUUGAUUCAUCUUGUUUUAGAAACAACACUGCAUAAGAUAUUUAGUUUUUUCAGAGAAUGUAUUUUUAACAUGUGUAUUUUGUCUUACUGUACUGACUGAGAUUUUAUAGUCAAAACAAGUGAAAAAAAAUCUACCAGUGCUGAAAAGUAAUCCAAAGUAUUUAGAGUACAUUACUGACCUUGAGUAAUCUAACGGAAUAUGUUAUAAAUUAUUUAUUUCACAUGUGUUCUGGAACCUGUAGUGGAAUACAUUUUAAAAGUAACCCUCCCAACCCAGUCAACAACUGCCAUUAUAAAAAACCAUAGGACAUUUUUGAGGGAAGCCACUGCUUGAAAAUGCGAAUUGUCUUCUGGGUUUUUGUACUACAACUUCAUUGUAUAGCUUCAGAUUGCUUUGUGUGUAGUGCACGUUAUAUGGACCACUUUCAACACUUUUUAUGGUACUUUUGCAUCCUUUUUGAAGCUUGAAAGCUUUAGUCGCUAUUUUUGGUAAUUGUAUGGAAAAGAGCAAUUAGCCCAGUCUUCAGAAUUUCUCCUCUUGUGUUCUAAGAAAAAAUGUCAUACUGUUUUGGAACGACAUAAGGUUAGCACAUAAUGUCAGAAUGUUUUUGGAUAAGCUAUUCCUUUAAUAUGAGUGUGUAUGUGUUUAUUGUAAAAAGUGUAUGUUAUAUGUGCGAGAGAAACUGGGUGUAUUAUUGUACUACAUGGGUUAGUCAUCUGUUUGCUCGGGGUCUUUGUGUCCGGGUGAGACGCUUCUCAUCUAGGUCUACUACUAUUUUUUUUUUCUUGUUGUUGUUGUUGUCUUGUUCACUGAUCUUUUCUAAGUGCAUCUGUAUUGCCGGGAGGCAAACGAGCUGUCCUACUCUGCCUAUCGUCAGGGAAGAGAGGGAGAGGAGAUCAAAGGAUGCAGGAUAUAGAGGCCAGGAAAGAAGAGGGAAAAAAAUACCUAUUAACGGCCUCUUUUGAAAACAAACGGCAUCAUGCAAUGGCACUUGAACAAGUGCAAUGAGAAAUAACUUAUAAGCCAUAACCACAGAGAGCCGUUACUAUAUUUCCUGUAGGAAUUCCUAAUAUACAUUCCUAUUCUUAUUCUGUUUUUGUGUUGUAUAUUAUAUUUUAACACAUGGAUAAAUAGACGCACCAGUAUUGGAAUUAUCAAGAUAAUUUAUUACCAAGAAACAUAAGAUGUGACAUAUAUGCAUAACUGUUUAACCAACAUUGUUUUAAAUAAAAAGAAGAAAAUGUUUAUAAGA